AUGAAGAACAACAAUCCGGAAAUAUCUGCUUCCAAAGGUCGUACGAAAGCAGACAAGGCUUCUGAUGGCAACAUGGACACGGAAUCGUCAUGGCGCGCACACGGUGUUAUUUUGGGCUUCAGAAGACACGUCGAUCAUGAUGCAAGUUUAACGUUGAACCUGAGAGCUGGAUUUACGAACAUCUGCCAGACGAAUCACACGAAAUCUAGGAGCCAUAUCGAAAGUUUGAGUGCAAGGAGAUGUGAAACGACAACAACAGCCUCGCUUCCUGCAUGUGUCCUCGUUCACCCUGAUUAUUACGACUCUCACAAUGCCCCUUCUUUCUUCCCAACCAUCAUGUCCACUACAAAGUCCAAACAGUUCAUCGUCAUUACAAAGGAUGAAAAGAGCGUUUUCGCUUUAAGGGCUAACGUAUCCAAAUAUAAGGCGUUAAUCAAUACCAUAAUCAGCCAUUUUCCGGGAACUCCUAGAGAUGGAAUAACGAUUCAAACCAAUGACUUAGCCAUCUGCGCCGGAAGAUAUGUCAAUAUUCCACAAAACUUGUGGUCGGCAAUUAUCGGCAAGAUCGAUAACAUCAAUGUCUCUGCUCCGGAGGCUUCCGACUUUUAUGACCGUUACUAA